CGUAAGUGGCGGGCGGAAGUUGGCGUUUAGCUUGCCGUAAAUUGUUUUUUCACGUCACUUCCGGCCGGCUUCCGUAGACGGCGCUGGUUCGCGGUCGUGAGGCGCGGGCGGUCGUUCUCCGCGGCCGGAGCCAUGGAGAUGCCGCUGCCCCCUGACGAUCAGGAGCUCCGCAAUGUCAUCGACAAGCUGGCCCAGUUCGUGGCGCGCAAUGGGCCCGAGUUCGAAAAGAUGACGAUGGAGAAGCAGAAGGACAACCCCAAGUUCUCCUUCCUGUUCGGGGGCGAGUUCUACAGCUACUACAAGUGCAAGUUGGCGCUGGAGCAGCAGCAGCUCAUCUGCAAGCAGCAGGCGCCUGAGCUGGAGCCCCCUGCCACCCUGCCACCUUUGCCUCAACCUCCACUGGCACCUGCUGCGCCCAUUCCGCCACCCCAAGGUACCCCAUCCAUGGACGAGCUCAUCCAGCAGAGCCAGUGGACCCUGCAGCAACAAGAGCAGCACCUGCUGGCCCUCAGACAGGAGCAGGUGACAGCGGCUGUGGCCCAUGCCGUGGAGCAGCAGAUGCAGAAGCUGCUGGAGGAGACACAGCUGGACAUGAACGAGUUCGACAACCUGCUGCAGCCCAUCAUCGACACGUGUACCAAGGAUGCCAUCUCGGCCGGGAAGAACUGGAUGUUCAGCAAUGCCAAGUCCCCACCACACUGUGAGUUGAUGGCUGGGCACCUGCGCAACCGCAUCACGGCUGAUGGCGCACACUUCGAGCUGCGGCUGCACCUCAUCUACCUGAUCAACGACGUGUUGCAUCACUGGGCCCUGACGCGCGGAAAGUCUCUCCCUCACAGCCAGCGCAAGCAGGCGCGGGAGCUGCUGGCCGCGUUGCAGAAGGUGGUGGUGCCCAUCUACUGCACCAGCUUCCUGGCUGUGGAGGAGGAUAAGCAGCAGAAGAUUGCGAGGCUCCUGCAGCUCUGGGAGAAGAAUGGCUACUUUGAUGAUUCCAUCAUCCAGCAGCUGCAGAGCCCGGCCCUGGGUCUUGGCCAGUACCAAGCCACCCUGAUUAGCGAGUACUCAGCAGUGGUACAGCCUGUGCAGCUGGCCUUCCAGCAGCAGAUCCAGACGCUCAAGACACAGCAUGAGGAGUUUGUCAGCAGCCUGGCCCAGCAGCAGCAGCAACAGCAACAACAGCAGCAGCAACAGCAACAGCAGCAGCAGCAGCAGCAGCUGCCCCAGUUGGAGGCUGAGGUCAAGGCCACCCCACCACCUCCUGCACCACCCCCGGCUCCCACGCCUACCCCGGCCAUCCCGCCUACUACCCAGCCUGGCCCUGACCAUGUCUCCCUGGGGUCAGAUGACAGCAAGCCACCCAUCCAGAUGCCCAGUUCCUCGGAGUAUGAUGCCUCAGGGGGUGUACAGGACCCCGCCGCCGCCGGGCCUCGGGGCCCUGGGCCCCAUGACCAGAUCCCACCUGGCAAGCCCCCUUGGUUUGACCAGCCACACCCUGUCGCCCCUUGGGGCCAACAGCAGCCUCCCGAGCAGCCACCGUACCCACACCACCAGGGCGGCCCACCCCACUGCCCACCCUGGAACAACAGCCACGAGGGCAUGUGGGCCGAGCAGCGCGGUGACCCCGGCUGGAAUGGCCAGCGUGACGCACCCUGGAACAACCAGCCAGACCCCAACUGGAACAGCCAGUUCGAGGGCCCCUGGAAUAGCCAGCAUGAGCAGCCACCCUGGGGCGCCGGGCAACGUGAGCCGCCCUUCCGCAUGCAGCGGCCACCGCCCUUCCGAGGCCCCUUCCCACCGCACCAGCAGCACCCGCAGUUCAGCCAGCCUCCGCACCCCCACGGCUUCAACCGCUUUCCGCCGCGCUUCAUGCAGGACGACUUCCCGCCAAGGCAUCCCUUCGAGCGGCCCCCCUACCCACACCGCUUCGAUUACCCACAGGGCGACUUCCCAGCUGAAAUGGGGCCUCCACAUCACCACCCCGGCCAUCGCAUGCCUCAUCCUGGGAUCAACGAGCACCCUCCCUGGGCUGGGCCCCAGCACCCUGACUUCGGCCCACCCCCCCAUGGCUUCAAUGGGCAGCCCCCGCAUAUGCGGCGCCAGGGCCCUCCACAUGUCAACCACGACGACCCCAGCCUGGUGCCCAACGUGCCCUACUUUGAUCUGCCCGCUGGGCUCAUGGCACCACUCGUGAAGCUGGAGGACCAUGAGUACAAGCCGCUGGACCCCAAGGACAUCCGCCUCCCGCCGCCCAUGCCGCCCAGCGAGCGGCUCCUGGCCGCAGUGGAGGCCUUCUACAGUCCACCAUCCCACGACCGGCCCCGCAACAGCGAGGGCUGGGAGCAGAACGGCCUCUAUGAGUUCUUCCGGGCCAAGAUGCGUGCACGGCGGCGGAGGGGCCAGGAGAAGCGGAACAGUGGCCCCUCCAGGUCCCGGAGCAGAUCGAAGAGCCGGGGUCGCUCCUCCUCCCGCUCAAACUCCCGCUCCUCCAAGUCCUCGGGUUCCUAUUCACGCUCCAGGUCGCGCUCCUGCUCACGCUCUUACUCCCGCUCCAGGUCUCGGAGCCGCAGCAGGUCUCGCUCCUCUAGGAGCCGCUCACGCUCCCGGUCGCGGUCCAGGUCCAAGUCCUACUCGCCGGGAAGGAGGCGCCGUUCGCACUCCCACAGCCCCACGCCACCCUCCUCCGCAGGCCUGGGCUCCAAUUCAGCACCUCCAGUCCCUGACUCAAGGCUGGGCGAGGAGAACAAGGGGCACCAGAUGCUGGUGAAGAUGGGCUGGAGCGGCUCUGGCGGCCUGGGCGCCAAGGAGCAGGGCAUCCAGGACCCCAUCAAGGGCGGGGAUGUGCGUGACAAGUGGGACCAGUACAAGGGUGUGGGUGUGGCACUGGAUGACCCCUACGAGAACUACCGGCGCAACAAGAGCUACUCCUUCAUUGCACGCAUGAAGGCCCGUGAUGAGUUUUCCACGUUUGGGGCCCGCAAGGAGGAGAAGGAGGACUAGCGAGGACAGGCCUGCUGGACGGACAGACUAACUGAUGGACAGACGGCCAGCGGGGACAUGAGCGGGCACCUUGGCCAGGUGUGGUGGGCUAAGGACUGAGGUGACAUCCAGGUCCCGAAGUGCUGCCCGGCCACACCCUCUUUGUUACUUUAGAUGUCGGCACCGCUGUUCACCCUACCCCUACCCUCUGUCCCGAAAAACAGGGACGUGACCCUGUGCGGCACCCAGGGACCCUGCUUGGGCGCCCAUACCCCACCCCGGGAUGUUCCCUGUGGUGAGACUCGCUCACGCACUCUGGCCAGAAUGGGACACACAUUGUUCACACUUCCUUCUGGGUUUUACUGUUUUGCCUUCCAAUAAAGCCCUUUUCUAAAGCUGGA